AUGACUGCCAACGAUGAAAGUAAAAUCAAAACAUUAACAAGAAAUCCUAAUCCAACGGAUGAUGAAGAUAUAACAUUUUUUUUUUUUUACGAUAUAGUUAAACAAUUGAUUUUAAAACGUAAUGAUAUUGGAGAUGCUUGUGUAUUAUCAAGCUGGUUAAAAGUGUUGGAACAAAAUAAAAAUAAAGUGGUUCGAAAUGAAUAUAUAAAACUUAUGACUUUGGCAUUGCAAUAUCCAGAACCAAUAUGCCCAUUUAAAGACCCUCCUCCCGACACAAUUGAUCCUUUGGAAAACGGAGUGAUUGAAAUGUCGAGAAAAUUCUUAAAGAAAGAAGGCACUGCAACAUGUAUUGGAGAUAGUGAAAAAAUUUUAAAGGAUACUUUUCCACCAAUAAACACAGCGAUGUCCAACGACAAACGCCAAUAUUCUUCAUAUCAAGUGAUACCAAACGUCGGUGUCCAGUGUUAUUACGCUUUUUCAGACGAACCAAUGUAUAACUGGUCUAUUUCACCACAAAUAACAAUUCCUAAAAGUGGUCCACACGCCACAGAUAUUGAAUGGGAAAGAGCACUAGCGGGUAUUCAAUUAAAAUUGCACAACCCAAGCACAGACAAUAUAAAACUUCCGAACGCCCAAAAAAAUGCAACCGCUAAAGAUAUCGAAAGUGAUUUAAAAUCAUCAGCUGUUGGCAGCAGGGCUUCUAGAAAAAAGUCAGAUAGAUUCAAAAAAAGUGGGGAGACUCCAGAUCUUUGUAAUGUAAUGAACAUAGAACAACAAAACCGAAAUGUGACUGAAGUAUUCGAAUGGAAUGAUGCUAGCCUAUUAACUGGAGAUAUCAGACUUGGCGCAGAAAUGUGUUCGGAUCGCAAAGUUGAUGCUCAAGUUAAGACACAAAUAGAAAUUGACAAAGAAGCAUUUAAUGCCUACGAUAAACUUUAUCCUGGUGAUUUCAUGAUAAACGUUGAACAGUCGGUUAUCGAUGACAUCAUUCCAAUAAAAGCCAACGUUGUUUCGGAAUCCGGCGAUAAAAAAACGACCAAAGAAGAAGAAGAAGAAGAGCAACAGUCAUCGGUACAAGACCGGGGUGGCUGCGGUGGCGCAAAAAAAAAGCAACGCGAGUACCCGCGACCGAAAUUGUGCACGAUAAGGCAGAGCGCCGGCCACGGGAACGUCAAACCGCCGACCGAAGAACGCCGGGCCGUUGUCGAGAAGUCAUCGUCGGAGCAUCAGCGUCCACAGAUUUCCUAUCUGGCGCGCAAACUGGCUGCGCUAAAUGCCCCCGACGGCCGCACCGGCCACUACAAGAGCCGCAACACGUUCGCUGAUCCGCCAACUAAACGUCAGAUACCGACCGACGACUAUCGAGUCCGGUUGGAUGGACAUCGUAGUCGGGGAGGCGAUGACGAUUGCAGCGGAGGCUGGACCGACCUGAGACGAACGCGGUCCAUUGAAUCACGUGACGAACGGCACUUGGACAACGGGAUGCCGUCAAAAUGGUCGGAACGGAGGAGUAAGUUCGACGGUGAGCGUUUCGAGGAUGUGAGUUCAAUGUUACGGAGCAGACACACCGACCCAAAGUGUGUCAGCCUGGCGCAACUGUAUGGAARAUCCACGAAAAGUCGCCACGAUGAGUCUGACGAACCGCCGCCAAACGUAUAA